GUUGCGCGGCCCCGGCGCUGCUCGGCCCUGCCCGGAGCGCAGCGAUGGUGCCCGAGCUGGAGAACGCCACGGUCCUCAUCCGGCACCCGGAGCGUGCGGCCGGGAUCAUCCGGUCCCUCAAGGAGCAGGGGGCGAGCAAACUGCAGGUCAUUUCUGACUUCGACAUGACCCUGAGUAGGUUCGGCUGCAACGGCCGGCGCUGCCCCACCUCGCACAAUAUCCUCAACGACAGCCGCGUUAUCAGCGAGGACGGCAGGAAGAAGCUAAAGGAUCUGCUGCACUAUUACUAUCCCAUAGAAAUCGAUCCCAACCGCACCCUGGAAGAGAAGCGGCCCCUCAUGGUGGAGUGGUGGAGCAGGGUCCAUGAGCUCCUGACACAGCAGAACAUCCGGAAGGGGGACAUAGCCCAGAUCGUCAGGGAGUCGGGAGUGAUGCUCAGGGAUGGAUUCAAGGAAUUGUUUGAUCAGCUGCACGAGCACAGCGUGCCCCUGUUCAUCUUCUCCGCUGGCGUCGGGGACGUCCUUGAGGAGAUCCUCCGUCAGGCCAACGUCUUCCACGCGAACAUCAACGUGGUCUCCAACUACAUGGACUUUGAUGGGGAUGGAGUCCUCACGUGCUUCAAGGGACCUCUCAUCCACACCUACAACAAGAAUAACAGCGUCCUGCAGGGCACGGAGUACUUCCAGCAGCUGAGCACCAGGACGAGCAUCAUCCUGCUGGGGGACUCCAUGGGCGACCUGACCAUGGCAGACGGCGUUCCCAGCGUGGAGAACAUCCUCAAGAUUGGCUUCCUCAAUGACAAGGUGGAAGAGCGGAGGGGGAAGUACCUGGAUGCCUACGACAUCGUGCUGGAGAGAGACGAGACGCUGGACGUGGCCAACGGGAUCCUCCGCUACAUCCUUACGGAGACGUGAGCUGGGACGGCUCCGGGUG